GAACAGAAUUCCCCCCUGUUGUCUUCUUCUGCUGUUUCCUUUUACCCUUUUGAUCUUCUCCCUCGAUUUCAUCUCGACAUUAGACUUGGUCCACCUGGCUUGGGUACUACGGAUAAUCCGACGAGCUCGCUUGUCGACACAUCUCAUCCCGGAGACGCCGCCAGCUACGCGUCGGAUGCUGUUUCGUUCUGAGUAGUGGAGGAGAACACCAUGGCUGCGUUGGUACAGACAAUCCCCCAGCAAAGUGGCACGGUUUCUGUGCUUCAAACUCGACCAUCAUCCUCUUCGGGCACCUUCACAACUUCCCCCCAACCCUCGCAACAACAAAACCCGCGGAACUCGACGAUGUCCUGGAAUCCAUAUAACAAUACCGGCAGUUCGGGAAACUACAGGGUAGGCCACCAGGUUGUGGCCCCCUACGCCUUUACCAGCACUCCCAACCUCUCGAAUUCACCCAACAUGCAAAACCGUCAGUCGCUGUCCCCUCAUCUGAGGCCAGAGCAUCGCACCUCUUCUGCCCCAUCCGUGUCUCCAGGGUCUGCAACUACUGCCAACAUCGGAGUCAACUCGCGUCUUGUCCAUCCUGCAGCUGGUUCUGUAUCCACUUCUUCCUCCAACUCCUCCGUCCACUCCCAUAUCUCGAAAGACGACUCCGCGAUCCCGACUAGACAGCUACGUGCUGAACCCCCCUUGCGCCCACUUUCUACCGUCAAUCUGCCCUCAUCUACUUCGUCGACCUUUAUGAACAUAUCCUCACCCACUGUCGCCCGCCCGUCCCCCGACCGUUAUCGUCGUGGGAACCGGCGACCGGAUACUGCAGCGGGCGCACAGCCCGCAUCAACACAGCCGAAUGGGCCUGGGUCGGCACGUACUGCACCGAUAGCCGUGGAUGACAGCUUUCUCCACUCGAGCGCCCCUGGUCUCUCGGCGACGGCACUAGAAAGCCCUCGCCGCACUGGGCAUGUUCGAGUGCCCAGUGCUGAUGAUACCUCGCGUGCAGACAAACCCCAGACAGAGUUAGCCAAGCGGUAUCGGCGCCGGAGCUGGGGCAACAUUGAUAAUGCCGGUCUCAUUAAUAUGCAGCUGCAUUUGCCCACGUCGUCCCCAACCCCGACAACAGGUGGGCAUGAUUAUUUUGACCAGAGCGCCCGACCCCGAUCGGCCCAGUCUCACAGAGAUGUUCAGGGAAGCAUUCCGUCCUCCCAUUCCUCAACCUCAUCUGUGCGUGAUGCGGGACAUGCUGAGUCCGCUUCCUCGUCCAGCAAGAGUGGCAAUAAGUUAGAUGACACCAAAAGAUCGACCAAGCCCUCGCCGCUGUCUCAACCGGUUGAGGUUGAUUCCAAGCCCCCGACUCCAAAGGCAUCGCAACCCGCUACCAACCCGAAGCCGAUUCCCACGGAGAGUCUUGCUACACAACGCCUUGCUGAAAUCACACAGGGCGACAUCAAGCGGCCAGGGAAGUCUAGACUGAGGAGAGCCUUCUCCUUUGGCAGCGCGUCAGAACUUCUUAAGGCCUCUUCGCAAAGCAAGAAGGAAGCUUUGGCUAUAGAGAAGGCUCGCAGGGAGCUACUACAAGAAGAGCUGGGCCCAGAACAGGCGGCUAUAGCCGAACAGCAGGAAGCGAGCGGCUUGGGCGAGAGCAUUUAUUCCUCCCAUCAUCAGGGCCGUAUAUUCAACAGUUCCACAGACAAUCUUUCCGUUUCAUCGACAGCAUCGUCCGCCUCGAUCAUGCUUCGCAAGAUGGGAAAGGGGAUGAAACGAUCAACGCGGUCGUUGGUGGGCCUGUUCCGCCCAAAGUCGGUAGUGAGCACAUCCUCAACCGAUGGCGUCAUUAUUCAGCCAAUGGCGCCCCAGUUGUCGAUGGUCAAUAUCGAGGCGGAGAGGAAAAGUACUGCCGUCACCUCAGAUUCGCAGGACCAUUCGCUUAGUAGCUCAUUGCUUCCUAAGUUGGAUUCUGAGACACAGAAAGCUGCGAGCCAUGAAGAUGGUGCCCUUGACAAGUCCCAGUCGCGUAAAAGCAUUGUCGGAGGAGACAAGGAGCGGGCAGAGGUCCUAGCAGCUGUGAGGAAGGGCAUACUCAAAAAAACCUACUCUGACCCGACCAACCACACCUAUACGGUCAAAUCAUCUGAGAAUUCGACCGGCAAUGACUCGCCGCAUUCCAGUGUUCCCAGCACCCCUGAGGACCAGACCCGGUCUGGUAAUAGGCGAUCCGAUGCGGUGAAGAUUGCUGGCGAGGAUGACUAUCUAUCAGAAGGACGGUUCCUCACUUCAGAGGCGAAGAGUGCACCUGUCACACCACAAGCUAUGAUGCCAAAGAGUCUCGUUUUCAGCCCUCGCAUUCAGUUUCACGAGACAUGGCCGAGUGGAGAGUACGAUCGACGAGGUGACAUUGCAACGUGUAACCGGUUGACUCCGCUACUUGCACAGCAAAUCAAGGAAGAGCUGAAUAACUUCAAGAUGGAGAUGGAGGUCCAUGAGACAUCAAAAAUUUAUACUCACUUCCUCUGAGUCGCUGCAUUUCGAAAGGCGUUCUUACUGCGUGUCUUGUUAUUUACCCUCAGGAGGAGUGUUGGAUCUAUCAACGGCAUGGUAUUAAGCCUUGGUG